CCACGCGAUGAGAAUAGAAUGAGAAGGGAGAGGGAGAGUGAGCAAGAGAGGGAGAGAGGAACGAACCAGGGAAGCGAGAGACUUACACACACCACAAGCAUUGGAAAUUGAAGGAGUUGGUGUGCAGCUCGCAAGAAGGCAGAGUCUGUGUGGACGGGCCCAGGGGCUGCACAGCUCCAGUGCUCUCUCUGCUUCUAACGUGUGCUGAGCCCUGCUCUGCUCUGCUGUGCGCUCCACUACGCUCUACGCUGCUAGCCUGUGUGACUGGCUGUCUGCGCUCAGCUGAGAAAGAGAGUGAGAAAGGGAGAGCAACUACUACUGCUACAGAUGUGAGGCUUUCCCCAGUGCUGGCUAUACUAUACCGCUCCUGAGGACUCCCAGACGGUAAAUUGACAGAUUGGUGGUCCACGAUGAGAGCGGAGAGAUAAUCGCGCAGAGAGCCGCCCUCCCAUCCCUGCCGUUUGUGCCAAUGGAAGCAGCGUAUUGAUCCAUACUCCCAGACUCAUCAUGCCUCUGCCUCACAGAUAGCAUCUCUGAGGACCAGGCCUGCCCAGCAAGCCUCGCCUGCACCAUGGCAGGAGAGACUCAGCACACGUACGCUGUCAAAAAGCUGGAUGCUGAGUUCAAACUGCAGGAUGAGGGUACUGCACUGGAGCAGUACAGUAGCAGUGAGAAAGCCACAAAAGAGUCUUCAGAGCACUUCUCAAGUUCGGACGUGGAGGAGAGGACAAUCAGCAGAGGGGCCAAGUUUGUAGACAAGGACAGAGACUAUACUCAGCAGCGCGAGGCUGUGAUCCGACCUCAGCAGGCGGGGAAAAUAGACUUCAAGUCACUGCAGAACAAGCCUAAGUUCGCCAGCAACAGGACGUGGCCCGGUGGCAAAGGCAGCCCCCAAUCCCCCAGCGGAAAGAACCGGAACCGAGACAAGGGUAAGAGGUCAGGGAAGUCGGAGCGCGGUAACCCACAGCAGCUAUACAGACUCAGCAUCACCAACCCACGCUCUAACCCUACAAUCGGAAUCGCCUACCCACAGCAGAAGGUCUCGCCACCCAAGAAGCUGGAGGCCAGUCGAGGCCCUGUGUCGGGCAGCUACAGGUUCCACGUGCCCAGUAUACCAGAGCGAGAGGCCGAGCUGCAGCAGGAGGAGCUCAACUACAGCCGCUGCUUUCAGGAGACCUCCUCCAAUCUCACCUCCCCAAGCUAUACCUCACAGGCACUGGGAACCACAGGUGGGUCAUCCACCCACCAGCAGCCACCCCAGCAGCAGCAGCAACCAGGCCCAAUGGAGAACAAUAAUAACACACAGCCAAGCGGCCAGCUGCUCUUCCCAGAAUUUCAGUUGAGUGGCUCCAAUGACUGGCAGUCUCCAGAGAGGACUUUUAAUGGUUCUAAUUAUGGGAUUUCCUCACAAAAAUCCACAGUUCUCUCGGAGGUGAACAAGGCAAAUGGCAGCUUUCUGCCAUUUCAGUACGGAUACCUCUUAUUGGAAGACUCAAACCCAGACCCUUUUCCCUGUGAUCAGAACCCCCAAUCCCAGGACUAUAUAGACUCCUCUUUGACUCCUGCCCAGGUGACUCUUAACUCUUUUACCUUUCAGACAUCUGGGGAGGGUCAGGAGGGGGUUCAGAAUAACACUCAAUUCAACAGUGACCAGCGACAGGACAGGUCUUCCUACCCCCAUCCUCCACAGCCACCACAGUACCUGCAAGCACCACAAGGGGCCGCGUCCUCUAUGCACUGCACCAGGGGCCUGAGUGAGGACUCAGCUAGUAGUGAGAGCUCUGGCUCUAUCUCCCAGCAGUCAGAUCAGGGUAAGAGUUCCCUGCCAGAUAGCACGGACACUUUCGUCCAGGCAGACAAUCGGGAUGUAGCCCUUACUUCAGGGAGCAAGAGGAGUUGCCACCCCAAAGACAGUGCUGCCAGCCAGAGAACACACAUUCAAGCCAGUGUACACCAUGCCAGAAAUAUUGCACAAGGUCCAAACUCCCAAAUGCACUUUUCAAACAAAGCCUACAACAGCAGCCCUCCACUCAAUAGCAUCCACAUGAGCUCUGUGCCUUUUGACAAAAGCGUCAAACCCAAGCCCCAUAUCCAUAACCCAGCCUCUAGCAGCACAUGUUCCUCACUCUCCCCAGCCUCAACAAGCCCUGUCAACCUCUCUGAGGACAGUCAGUUAUCAAAGACUGGGCAUCCCCCUCCAUUUUAUCACCAGCACCAACUGAAGGCACAAGGACCCACAGAUCACCUCAGCACUAACUCUCACCAUUUCCACUCAGACGCCUCCCGUAAUCUGCCUUACGCCCCAGAGAGGGAAAAAGAUGACAUGAUGAACUACCUGCAGAAUAACGAACACCAAAAGCCUAGUAUGGAAGGCAACAAGGGCUAUAUGGAGGGCUUUGGGGUGGAGCACCACCCCCCUCCACCACCAUACUCUGCACAUCAACUGUUAGCCACGUCUUUAGCCACGGCAAACCUUGACCAACUGGAUGUGCUUCUCACGUGCAAGCAGUGUGAUCAGAACUUCACUAACCUGGCCUCAUUCCUUGGCCAUAAGCAAUACUGUGGACAGCAUGCAUUUUCACAGAAAGUGGAUGACACCAGAACAACUCCAGGAAGUUCAACACAGUUUCACAAUGACAUGACAAAAGAUCCAUCCUCUGGGACCAGUUUAUGUCAACGUGUCUCCAUGCCAAGGUGUCCAACUGACCUUCACCUGUCUCUGCUGGGGCUCAAUAAGAAUGGAGAGCUGAUGUCUGACAGCGAAACAAAAGGAGAUUCUAAGGAUGACCCCAUGAAACUUAACCUGUUCACUGGGGCAGGUAACAUUCCUGUCGCUCUUCCUGACCUGGAGAUGGAGGAUGCAAAAUUAGAUAGCCUAAUCACUGAGGCUCUAAAUGGACUGGGCUAUCAGUCAGACAAUGCAGAGAUUGACAGCAGCUUCAUUGAUGCAUUCACAGAUGAUGAUCCCGCCACUGUCAAAGUAUCGUCAAACAGGCAGACUCUGAAAACCAAAGACUCAAUGGUCUUUGAGGGCAAAAUCAAACAAUCUACUGAAAAUGAUAGGUCUCUGACACAAGGAAAAUAUCUUUAUGACUCAGACAAAGCGAGCCUUCAGACAGAAAACAACCACACAGUAAGCAAACUUGAGAAGACCACUCUGAAUUUUGAGCAGGAUGAGAAAAUCAACAUCAAAAAAGAACUCUCUCAUAUAAAUUCAAGGAUCGCCUCAGGGGAGAAACCGAGGGAGCAAGAAAAUAAAGUGAAAGAUAUAAGAAAGCUGUGCAAGAGUGAAAAGGAAAACACUAACACUCCAAGGUUCCUCUUAUCCAGCACAUUUUCAGAACGUUGUGGAGUUCGAAGCCUCCGGGAUAGCUCUUUGUUGAGUGGCUCAACCUCUUCCCAAGUCUCCUCGGCAAACAGGAGUUCCCCAACCCAGAGGACUACAGCAAGGGAGAAUAAAAGGAAAAGGACCGGUGCCGGUACCUGGAGCAAAGAACUCAUCCACAAAAUAGUUCAACAGAAAAACAAGUUACACAAGCUCCAUGUAAAAGGCACCAAAAACCUCCAAUUCUCACUGGUGAUGGAGAGAUUGACGCCCACGGUGCCAAACCCUACAUUUGGGGAGUAUGACUAUGUCUCAGACUCAGAUGACGAGUCUGAGCCUGUGAAGACAGCAAGCCAAGGUCGCCUGAGCCAAAGCAGUCGCUGCAAGUACACCUACACAAAGGAGUGCAAAUGGAGGGCUAGGAGCGACAGGGACAGUGCAGCAUGGAGGCACGAGUCAAAAGAGUGCUUUGAGGUGAAGAAAGCUGAAGAUGUCUCCUUGUCUCUAGAGAAACCUGGCUCUCACCAGAGACUUGGGAGGAGAGGCAGCAGGUCAUCCACUAGCAGUGAAGUCAGCACGUCUGUGAGUAUCUCCAGCGAUGGCAUCAACAGCCCCAAAAGCACUGACCGCACAGACUCAGACUGUGAGAAAAGGGUGGAGAUCAAGAGGAAAGACUCUUCCGAGCAGAGAACCUACGAGCGAUCUUCACAGAAGUUAUGCAAAGAGUCUAGCACACAACUAGCACUGACAUUCACCAAAUCUACUCAGAGUGCACUCAUGGACGAAGUGUGCCUGUCUCCAAUUGAACUUCAGGAGCCUCUGACACAGAAAGAUACAUCAGAUCUGAUCCCAUACCCCCUAGAGCAGGACCAGAGUCUUAUGAAGUCUCCUCUCUCAUUUGACACAUCGUCAAUGUUCGGGGACCUCUCAGUGGCAGGAUUUGAAAAUGGCCUCUACACUGACAUUCCAUUGCACAAAGAAGGUUUCAACUCCUUAAAUACCACCAAUGACAAAAAGGAGGUGUUUAGCGCAUCAUCCUUUCUUUCUCCUUUCUUGGAUCAGAGGGACUGGGGCCUUAUGGUCGAUGUCAGCCCCAUGUUACCGGAUGACAUAUCCCAAUACAAAGACGGCUCUGAUAAAUUAAAUGAAAAGAAAUCAGAUUACAAUCAUGUUCCUUUGUCUCUGCCAGACAAAAUAAUAGACUACAGUACAAAUCUCAACAGCUGUGCGUCAGAAGAUGAGCUAGAGAUAAAGAGGAUUGUGACCGAGUUGGAAAAUCAGCUCCAGACAGCCAAGCUGAGUCCACCACUGCUUACUGAGGAGUCCCCAAAGCAGCUGAAGAUGAGCAAAUUCUCCCCUCUGCGUCUGGACGACGAAUCUGAGAAUGAAGACACUGGUCUAGAUAUGGGCUGCCCUGUGCAAAGCAUGGCGCUGGCAGUGUCAAUAAUGCCAUCUGACCCACAUUCAGAGUCCUUUGCUGAGCAUAGUCUACCAUGGUCCAGUCCAUUUGAGUUUGAGUUGAUGGAGGGACAGCAUACUCCAACCCAUGACGAACCCAUUGUCCUUGAACAAUUUAGCAAGAAGGAUGAUCGUGAACACAGUAUGACAACUACAACCUCAAAUACAGAGAAAGUGAAAGAGCAACUGAAACAGGAGGACCACAGAGAUGAAGACAUGGAUGUUGACAAGAGAACUGACAUAGAGAAAUCUGAGGAGAUUCUAGAGAGUAAGACCUAUGCCGAAAACCUGAUGAAAAGCCUGGAAGUGAUAUCAGAUUCCAUUUUCAAAAAUGAUCCCAUAACACCUGAAGAGGAGGAGCCAAACCUCACCUCACGUAAGAGCCCAGCACACUUACACAGUGAAAGCCAAACUCCAUCUGCUGAUGCAGCUGAAGGUGGAGAUCAUGAUGAAAUGGUGAUUCCUGAUGACGUGAAUAUUAAAUCCACACACUUCAGGUCACAGCCUCCUCUCUCUAAAAAAACAGAGCUCCCAUCUGAUGUAAUAAAAGAGAUUGUUUCACUCCAGCCAACUGAGUCUCUACCUAACGACGAUAGUGGGUCAGAAUUCAAAGACAUCCCAAUCAUGAGCAAUGUCACUGAAGACAAUAGUGUUAUAGAAACGGAUUAUUGCUCAAACACUGAAAUGGAUAAUCAACCAAUGGCUGAGGAGACCUAUGAGAAUCAGAAGCUAGAGGACUAUGGGGAUGAAAUCCUUGAAGCCAAAAGUGCCCUCCCUGAUCAUACAGAGCGUCUAGAUACUACCAUUGAUGAGCAUACAGAGCUUCUAAAGACUUCCAUUGAUGAGCAUACAGAGCUUCUAGAUACUACCGUUGAUGAGCAUACAAAGCUUUUAGAUACUUCCAUUGAUGAGCAUACAGAGCUUCUAGAUACUACCGUUGAUGAGCAUACAGAGCUUCUAGAUACUACCAUUGACGAGCAUCCAGGGCUUCUAAAUACUUCCAUUGACGAGCACACAGAGCUUCUAGAUACUUCCACUGAUGAACAUACAGAGCUUCUAGAUACUACCAUUGAUGUGCAAGCAGAGCUUCUAGAUAGCACCAUUGUUGAGCAUACAGAGCUUCUAGAUACUUCCAUUGAUGAGCAUCAGGAGCCAGUGGAGGACAUCAGUCUCAAUGCUAAGUCUGUGAGCCAGCCCUCGAAUGGGUCCAACCGAGCAGACCAGGAAAUGGAUGUCAACUUGGAUAAUAAACCUGAAGAGGUAGAAAAUGCAUCUGAGGAACAAUCCAUAUACGUCCAAAGUCACUGUAAGAGUGUAUGUUCCUCACCAUCUGCAAAUGAACAGACGGAGGACAGUUCAACAUGUGUAAUGAAGGAAGACAACAUUGAUUCCAAAAGUACAAUACAGAACCAAGUGAUAAGUCAUACAGUUUCUCUGAGGUGUAGCUCCCCCAUGAAUGAUAAUACCAAUCAAUCAACCCAUGUCUUCAUGGAGACUGUCGCAGUUAAGCCUUGCAGUCCACUGUUGAUGGAAACCAAUACAGAACAUCCUAGCCACACAUCACCCUUUUCCAACAUUGACUCAGAUGAUGAAAGCACCAUGUUGGUCAUUGCUGAGUGUGACAGUGACCUUGACAGUGAUGCACACAUGGAACAUACACCUGAGGACAAAGAAACAGAAAUGAAACCUGGAUGUGAGGCUAACCAUAGACAAAGAGAAACGAUUCCAGAAGUUGAAAACAUCCAGGAACAAGUUCCCUUACAUCUCAUGGCAUCUCCCCAGCACUCACCAUGCAAAGAGGAUUUGCAGAUGGACGAAAGGCUGGAUAUUAUUCCAGAGGAUGCUCCUCCAUCCAGUCCUGUUCUACCAGCUUCUCCACACACACCUGUGGACAACUCUAACACACAAGAACAAGAACAUCCACAGCCAAUCACAUGCAAUAAUAUAGAUACUAUCCCAGCAUCAAUCCAAUCUCCCAAGGAAGAAAAUUGUAAUGACAUAAAUGCCAAAGAAGCAUUGCAUAUUGAUGACUCAUUGACCAGAAGAGCUGAGAUGGAGUACUCUUUAGUAAGUCCUCCUCAACUGGACUUGGGAAUCACAGACAGUAAAAUAUGUAGCACUGACGCCUGCAUUCCUUCCCCGCUACCCUUGACCAUUGCAACAGAGGAAUCUGAGGCAAUGGAGGCCCUUACGAAGAGAGUCUCUGUAUCACUGUAUGAUUUCAAAUUAAGCCCACUAAACUACAAUUACAUUCCAGAUGAGCCUCCACAACUGAGUCAGUUCGAUUACACUCCUAUCUCCCCAGCCAAUGUGGAUGAGGAGGAACCAGCCUUCAAGCAGAGCCCCAAGGACGACUGUGAACCUUGUGAUCGCAGUGAUGACGCGACAUUGACAUCAGACAAAAGACUGUGUGACAUAGAGACAGAGGUACCUAUGAGUCCAGACCAUACAGCCAAGCUAAGUCCACCAGAUGAAUCUUUGAACAAGAGCAACAUCCAAAAUGACAUAAAAUGUCCAUCCAUUUUACUGGGUCUUCCUUCUCAGAGCACUGCUCCGUCCACUGGCGAUUUGGACAUUUGCCCGGCUCCCCUUCAAACGAUUGAUUAUUUGGACUUACAUGUUGACUUGCUGAAGAGAGUGGAUCCAGAGGCCCUGGAUAUGUAUAAGGUCCCUAGUGAGCUGAACACCCUUGCUUUUAUAAAGGACAUCUCAGAUAAUCAGCACACGCCCAAACCACUGAUCAUCUGUGAGAAUGAGCCAACCUCAUUACCAUCAGACCAAACAGAAUCACUAACAGUUGAGGAAGGUCAGUGCUCAGUAACCCACCAGCAAGAGGAAGAAACCACCCAGAAAAAGAUACAUCUGUGUGAGAUAUGCUCAAUGUGUUUCCGGACAGUGCCAGGAUUGAAGAGACACAAGGCCAUGAAACAUUUGAUCAGGACUGAAAGAAGCCCAAUUUUGGAAAAUGCAAAUCAUCAAGGGAGUCUACACAGUUACCAAACAUCCCAGUCUAUAGAAACAGGAAAUAAAAAGGAUCUAGAGCUCCUGGUUCCACACACCUGUUUGCAAACAGAAAGCAAUGAGGCUUCUGAGAAUCACUGUCCUGUGACAAGUAAUAGCUCCUUCGUAACCAAACAAGGAGAAACUAAUUUUAUCCUGGAGAACAUCGCAAGUGAAACAAAUAUGGCAGUGCCAGCUGAUGACAUAGUCCAUCAAAUGCCUCCUCAGUUUACAAAAGCGAAGAAAAUCUACAAAACACGGAAGAACAGAAACAAGGAAGUGAAUGUGAAGCCGGACCCAUUCUCUGACGAGCUUCUCAAUAUAUUGAAAACAGACAUAUUACAGGCUAUUACUCCUGAAUUCCAAACCCAGGUAAAGCAAGGAUGCUGCAAGUCACCAGAGAAACAAGACAUAAUCCAUUAUCUUGUUAACCACAAAGUUACAGAGCAGGAGGAAGUCCCGUUUACUGUAACAAGUAACAGUGGCAUUGAACAGAUGCCAAUGUCUCCAAUGGAGCUUACAAAUCUGGCUAUGGUCUUGACUCAAAGCAACAAUGAUACAGAAGAGGUGAAAAGCACAAAUCUGCCAGAGAUCAUCAAUGGAGUAGCGGAAGUUAGUAUGGGAGUAUCUGUCAGUAAGGAUAUUAGUAGAGAGUAUGAUAUGUCUAGAGAGAAUUUGCAUGACACAAAAGAGGCAUGUGAGCAACAAACUAAAGAUGAGAGUAAUGCCAAAGAGAUACUGGGAGAGGUUGCAGUAAAGAUUGAAUGUGAGAAAAACAGUGGCCCGACAGAUGAGGUGGAUAAUAUCUCCUGUUUUAAAUCUUCUCUUGCAAGCCCUCCUAGACUAAGUGCUGACUUGAAUGCUUUUCUUGAUGAAAGCACAUUCUCCCAGUUAUUCCCCACUAGAAAUGAGGAACUGAAAAGGAAAAAAUUUGCAAAGGUUUACGGUAAGAAGAACAAGAAGCAGAAACUAUCAACCGAUUCACCGUUAGUUCAAGACCAUCCUCCUCCUGACCUAUAUCUCAAAAAGAAAGAUGACGAUACAGAAAAUCAGAUAGACCAAACAUUUGUCAGCAAUCAAAAUGACCCUUGUGAAUAUGAAACAAUAUCCAUUGACGAUGCUAUCAUGUUGAACAUGUGUCAUAAUAGCACAUUAAAGAGUGAUUCCAAAAAAGUAUGUACCAUGAAAGGAGACACAACAGACCACAAAGACAAUCAUGAGAAUGGUGUGGACCAUGGCAGUGACUUCCUAUGCCAACCUGAGAGCACUAUCGACAAAGCAUCAUUGGCAUGGAGUGCCUUCAACGACUCUGUUACAGAUACUGUGAUCUCCUCUGACCAAAAUCCCUGUAAAGCAGAAGCCCCAAUACCACCAUGUCCACUUCCUAUUAUAGCCUCUUCUGCACCUUAUCCUGGAGAGCCAUUUGCUACAGACAACGUGUCUCCUUUCCACAGCAUUGACAUCCCAAACCUCAAUACCACAUUCCAGCUACCAGAAAUUCAAUUAUUUGACUCCAACAAGGACAUCCCAUUAGAAAGACCCAUUGUCACUGAUUAUGCGGAGACCAGAGACACUGCAAAGGCCAAGAAGCUCACAGAACACAGGGGAAGGAAACGACAAGAGGGCAGCGUGAAGAUCAAGGACAAACAGUACAAGUGCAAGGUGUGCUUCACCUGGUUCCUUACCCUGGGGGAGCUCAACUUCCACAAGUUAUCCCACAACCCCUCUCCACCUCCCACCUGCUACAUGUGCGUCCAGCGCAAGUUCAGCUCCCGGGAGCAGCUGAGGGACCACCUGAGGGAAAAACACGCCAAGAACAAGGCCGGCAUCUGGACCUGUGGCAUGUGCCUGAAGGAGAUAUCAGACGUGUGGAUGUACAAUGAGCACUUACGGGAGCAUGCCACGCAGUUUGCCCGCAAGGGCCAGUCACACAGCGCUAUCCUGGGGAGUCUGCCAGGCUCUGGCAUGCAGGAGUCAGCCGUGAAGAACUUCAUCACCUCCAUCAUGCAGCGCCGCCCCAGCAAGGCCAGCAGAGACACCAGUAAGGUCUCCAACAAGGAGAAACUAGCCGUAGUAGAAAACACAGAGCAGGUGAAAACUACAGAGGUAGGUCAGCCCAAAGUUGUCAAGCCUAAAGGGAACAGUGAAAAAGUGGGGAAACCGAGCGCGCUGACACCAGUUGAGGUUCUGCACAAUACAGAGCCAGUGCCAAAGAAUGUGGAGAUGCACCCCAACUGUAAAGACCCCUCGAGAGACUGCCACCACUGUGGCAAGCAGUUCCCCAAACCCUUCAAGCUUCAGAGGCAUCUGGUUGUGCACAACUUAAAUAAGAUUUUUCUGUGCCACAAAUGCCCAGUAACCUACCAGGAGCCACAGGAACUAAAAUAUCAUCUGAAGAAUGAGCAUGAGGAGGUGGAUGAGCUUGACUCAAAGCAUACCACCCUCUACACCUGUGAGCUGUGUGCAGAUGUCAUGCAUGUGAUCAAGAAAUCUUUCAUCUGCAGCACCUGUAACUACACCUUCUCUAAGAAAGAGCAGUUUGACCGACACAUGGAAAAGCACUUAUCAGGAGGGAAUAAGAUCUUCAAGUUUAGAGGCGUUCUCAGACCUAUCAAGACAUCUCCCUCCAAAGAGAACGAUGAGUGUGAAUUGCCAGCAAACAAAAAGAGAAAAAUCCUUACUGACAUUCUACAAGAGAACAGCUCUGACAGUGGCAUCGCCAGCAUAGCCUCACUGCACUUACAUAAGAGUGCUGAGAUGCCAGUUCUGAAACUCUCUGUACACACAACAGAGGACUUUACACAGACCAGUGCAGGUGAAUAUCAUACUGAAAAUUAUGCCAGUGUGAAGACAGAGGACAUGGCUGAGGAAUACUCUGACAUGCUGGUAGAGCUGGAGCAUUGUACGUUUCACCUGGGCUCGGAAGGUCUCUCAACUGCUACACCCAAAACAGAGGACAUUGAUCCCAGUCCUUCACCUAAGCUGCCUGUUAGAGACAUUGGUGAGGCCGAUGGCAAGUCAUUCACAGAGCCAUGUGAUGUGAAGGAAGAGCAUGAUCCACUUGCGAGCAGUAUAGCUGAAAAGGAAAAGGAGUGCUUUGCCAAUGCUAAGCAGAGCACUCCUGUGAGCAGCAUACAGACUACCACAGCAGAAGCUGAAAAGAAGACACAGAGGACAGAUUCCAUGGCAUCGGAUGAGGAGUUGUACGUUAGUUUCCGCGAAAACCUGAUCAACAGCUCAAUGACACCCGAUACACAUGAUAUCCACCGUCCUCCUACAAAGCACAAAUCAUCUACCGUUGUGAUGGACCAAAUGAGGGAGGGUGACCUGGGGCAACAGACAACCAGCCGUCACAGCCAUGACAACAAGCAGAAUGACAAAACCUCCACACCCAAGCCCAGUGAAAACACUAAACACAGCUCCAACAAUAGCCCCAGGGCCAUGGAGUCAACACCAGUCCACCACACUAAGAUCACUUCCCAGGGCCCGGCAUCCAAUGAGGACAAAGACUCUGUGAGAAGAGAACAGAAGAAGAGGAAAGAGAUGAGGACACCUCACAGUUUACAGAGGGUCUCCUCGUCUGCCACACGGGAGAACCUUGCUGCCGACGUCAAGACCAAAAAUAAGCUCCGUCCCAGCAAGUGCGAGAGUCCGGCAGUUCCCAGGAAAUCAGACAGCCCCAGCGAAUACCCGGUGCUCUCUUCCGUUAGAGAUGAUGUGGUCAGCAACAAAAUAGUCUCCAAGCACAAAACAUCAGGGAGUCUAGGCCUUCAAGCAAAGAGAAGCUCCCUCGAUAACUGCACGCCAAGGAAAGCAGAGAUGGCGCAUCAUAUUAAUGGGGAUUACAAAUCCAAAAAAGGGCCUCUUGGACGGCCUCUCCAUUACCCAGUUUCUAAAGUGUCAGCGCUUCCUAUGAACAAUUCCUUGAAUAAGUCUAGGCCAAAGACAGGGGUGAGGUCCAUGGAGAGCCACUCCUAUAGGACAGCAGAGUCGCAGAACAACCUCCUGAGCCAGCUGUUUGGCCAAAAGCUCACCAGUUUUAAGAUUCCUUUGAGGAAGGACACUUCAGAACCAAUAAACUGACUGUGGGAAGGAUCUGUGGGAUAGAAAACAAAGAGACUGAAUAGUUGUUCACGUUAUUGAUGAUCAAGACAAUUCAUGACCAUGAAUGAGAUUGCAUGGCUCUCUGUGAAAUGUUUGUCUAAAUACUUAUGUUGUCACUUUAUGUCUUCUUCUCUUGUGAGGAAUAAUGGCAGAGAUCAUUUUAUUAAUCUAGAAUGAAAAUGCUAGUAGGGCAAAUCAUUGACUAAUUCCUGCUAUUCUUAGGUUGAACAUUAUCUUUUUCAGAGACUAUAUUUCAUUUAAAAAAUUCAAAAAGAAUACUUGAAAAUAAAACAGAUUUUUCUUCUUUUAUUUCUUUUCUUUUUUUUACAGCUAAUGCAUGUCAGUUUCACAAUCAAAAAGUGUUCAUAGAGAAUAUAGCUUUUUUUAAUGCAACAGGACCAAAUCUCAUCCCAACAGACUUGGACUAUGUCAGUGCACCUUUUGUAUAUGCUUCUCCAAAAAUUAGUCUUUUUGUAUUUUUACCUUACUGUACUUCAUUGACAUUCAUUAUAUUAGCUUUUGUAUAAACAUUGAUUGGUGCUAUGUUAUUCUUUAUUGUAAUGUGAACGCCAAUGUCCUCAAACUGAAGGGAACAUGAGAUCUGUAGCAGUUGCAUUCAUCCAACCGUUUGUGCUGGUUCUCUGUAGUUUCUUUAAAAAAAUGGUUUUUAAAAAAAAAAGAAAAGAAAAAAGACUGUGUAAAACCUCCUCCAACAAAGUAUUCAUCUGUACAUCCUUAGGAAAGAAAAUUAGGAAAGCUUGCAUCUGUACAAACUCUAGGUGCAUCCAAGGACUAUUCACAGUCCUGAGACCUGUUUUAGGAGCUCCUCCCAUGCACUGAUAUUACCACACAAAACACACACUCAGUCCUCCGUGUCUGUCCUCCAACUGUUUAAUUAUGAAUAUUAUUUACUAAGACAAAAAAGGUGCUUUAUCUUGUUUAUAUGUAUCUUAUAUUGUAUUAUAUUAUAGGUAGAAGAUUUCCUGGUGCAAUGCUCAAUGUCAAAGUUUUAUUUUAAUAAUGUGCAACAGAAUCAGAGAGAGAGAGAGAAAGAGAGAGAGAGAGAGAGAGAGAGAGAGAGAGAGAGA